AUUUGUUCUCACUUGCAGAGUGUGUGUCUACGAUUAACGAAACUUCAGUAUCAUAUUUAUGGAUAAAAGUAUUAUAAAUAAUAGUGUUUUGUGCAUCGCAUCGUCGUUGUCGUCAUCGUCGUCUUCUUCUUCUUCUUCUUCUUCUUUUUCUACUUCUACUAUUCUACUAUUUCUUCUUCAUUGUGCUCGGAACCCAUUGAAUUAACGUCGAUGAAACGAUCAGGAAUAACGUCGACGAGGAAUCUGCGUCAUUUGCAGGAUACGAAGAUGUCAGAGAAGAAUUUCGAGAUGAGGGAAACAGCUGCUCGUAUCUGUCGAGAUUAUCUUCAUGGUGUUUGGAAACGAGUUACAGCAGAGAAUAUCACCCUUAAACGUAUCAGUGGAGGCCUCAGUAAUUGGCUUUACAACGUUCAGCUGCCAGACGGUGCUGUCCCGAUACGCGGCGAGCCGCGGCAAGUUUUAUUACGACUGUACGGUCAAGUACAUGGGGAAAGGGCGUUGGAAGGACUUAUCACCGAAUCGGUCAUCUUCACGCUACUUUCAGAGAGGCGACUUGGCCCAAAAUUACAUGGUAUAUUUCCCGGAGGCCGUAUAGAAGAGUAUAUACCGGCUAGACCAUUGUUAACUAAAGAAUUGUCCGAUCCAACAUUGAGCUUGAUGAUAGCUGAAAAAUUGGGACAGAUACAUACUAUGCAAGUUCCAAUUAGUAAAGAACCAACUUGGCUAUGGGAUACUAUGACCAAGUGGCUUGCUACGGCGACAGAUAUUUUAGAAAAUAUUGAUGAGAUUGAUCCGCGCCAACACGAUAACGUCUACGUUUUGCGAUCGAUCGAUCUCGAACAUGAGAUUAAUUGGUUCAGAGACCUCGUUGCACAAGAAAAACAUCCAGUCGUAUUUUGUCAUAACGAUAUGCAAGAGGGUAACAUCCUUCUUCGGCAAAAUUCGCGAAAGACCGAAUUGGUUGUUAUCGACUUUGAGUAUUGUUCCUACAACUACCGAGGUUUUGAUAUCGCUAAUCAUUUCAUCGAAUGGCAGUACGAUUACACAGCGGCGAAAUAUCCAUUCUUCCAUGAACGAACAGGGGCUGGACCUACGAAAGAGCAGAAGCUCGAUUUUAUCAAGAGUUACUUGAGAACAGUCCAGAAGGAAUCUCAGGCAGAAGAAGAACGUAUUAUGAUGGAAAUAAAAGUAUUUUCGUUAGCCAGUCACCUGUUUUGGGGCCUUUGGAGCAUCGUCAAUGCCAAAUUAUCUGAAAUACCAUUUGGAUAUUGGGAUUAUGCAGUAUGUAGGCUACAAAAUUAUCAAUGUUUGAAAGAAAAAUUAUUAAUUCCUGGACCUCCUACAUUGGAUGGUGCUAUUAGAAGAAAAAUAACGGAUACUGAUUGAAACAACGACGCUUCACUAUCAUCAGCGAGUGAAACUCUUCACCCUUUUGAGGGAAGUUUAAUUUUUAUCAGCCUUAGAUAUCAAUAUGCGCAAUGGAUGAACAUAGAAAACGUAACAGUAAAAAAUAUGGCUGAUAAAAGAGAUUUUAGAUCCAUCAUUGACAAAAUUAUCAACAUACAAAGACGAAUCUUUUCAUUUGACAUGUUUUUCAUGGAGAAGUGGAAAGAAUUCACGGUAAAAAGAUGUGAUAUAGUAUAAAUAAAUCGCUUCAUAAUCUUAUGAGAAAAGAUUUAACAGGUAAUCGGAAGUAUAAUGAGGAAUAGAAAAAUCGAAAGGAAUGGAUAAUAUUACAAACAAAAAUAUAAAAAAAAAAUUAAGAACAUAUGCAAAAAGCGAAGAUGAUGCACCGCCAUCA